AUGUCGGAUGAUGAGGAUGAAAAGACUACCUCAUUGGGUACCCUCUCCAGGUUCAAUGGAGAAGAUGAUGAGUGGGAUGUGUGGAGCACCCAGUUCCUGUCAGUGUUGGGCACCAAGAAGCUAACCAAGGUGUUGCAUUAUACUGACCCGAUCCCAAAGGAUGCUGAUGACUUGAAGAUUUUGACUGGGGAUAGUGAUCCCGUGAAGGCUGAUAAGAAGAUGAAACAGAAGAUGAGGACUGCCAAUGCUGAGGCUUUCUCUGUUUUGAUCCGCGCCUUUGAUACAAGCAAGACCAAGGGGAAGUUGGCUUUCUACUUGGUGAAGACAACAAUGGAUGAAUCCUCUGGGUACAAGUAUGGCCAUUUCCAGAGUGCUUGGGAGAAGCUGUUGGAUAAGUAUGAGUCAAAGGAUAUCCCAGACUUGACGGCUGAGCAAACCAAGUACUAUGAUAGGAAGAUGGCACUGGAUGAAGACCCAGAAGAUUUUAUUCUGGAGAUGGAGAUCAAGAGGGCAAAGUUGACCCUUUUGGGUGAUACCUCCAUUGCUGAUGAUACCAAGUUCAAGCGUGAUCUCUUGAGCAAGCUUCCAAACAGUCCCAAGGAAGGUGUGGUUGGACCAUACUAUCAUCUGAAGGUUGAUUAUGAAAAGCAGUUGAAAGUUGCUCCGGCUGCCCUUAAGGUGGAUGAGAUGCGCAAGGAAAUGAAGCGCUUGUUCCUGCAGCUGUACCCUGAUAAAGCAGUUGCUAAGGGAUCAUCUAGCGGUGGUGAGACUGGCCUUACUGCAAGCAAUGGUGGUGGCAAGCAAUUCAAGAAGAAGUGUUUUAAAUGUGGAGAGUGGGGCCAUCCGGCUAAGCUCUGUCCCAACAAGAAGAAGAAAUUUGGUGGUUCCAAUGGUGGUGGUGGUGGUGGUGGUGGUGGUGGUGGCAGCCAUAGCACUGGUGGCACUUCCAAGCGCUUUCAAGGCAAAUGUCACCAUUGUGGCAAGAUUGGCCAUCGGAAGAGCGAAUGUUAUCAAUUGCAUGGCAAACCCGACUCUGGCAAUGCCGCCUCUACAUAUGAUGUUGUGCUGAACACUAUGGAUUUGUCCCAUUGCUAUCUUUGCAAUGAUAGCAACAGUGAGAGUGACCGCUGUGAUAGUUAUGUGUUGGCAUCUGAUGCUGAGGAGUCUGUGGAUUCAGAGGACAGUGGGAUCCUUGUUGAUUUGGAUUUGGAUGAUGCUAUGUUCCACAACUUUGAGCAGUUUGGUGCAGAGGACGAUGAUUCCCGAAUCAUUUCUGUGGCUGGCUCCCCUCCAGGGCAGGUUCCUGCUAAGGAGGAUGACAAUUCACUUGUGGACUGCACCUUCACAGCCAUGGAUGUAAUGGAUGAACUCCUGGACUCCAAGGCUCUCCCUGUGACCACCUUCACUGAGCUUGAUGCCCAUGGCGAUGCUGUCCAAUCUGCAGUGGUGGGAGAUGCUUUGAGCCUGACUGGCAAUGUGUCUGCUGAUAGUGGAGUUUCCUCCAUUAAGUGGGAAAGGCCAUGUGACUGUGAAGAUGAGUGGAAGUUGAUCCCAGAGUGUCCAAGCAAAGUGAAGUUCAUCACUACCACUGAGACAGUGGAAACAAAACCAACAGAUGAUAAUCCAUUUCGCAUGCUCUUGACUGGUGAUGAAGAGUCAACAAUUGAAGAAGAGGAAUGUGUUGAGCCAACUGUGGAGUGGGAAACUCUUGGAGAUGUGGCUAUUGGAGACACUGCUGGUACUGUGUUGUGUCAAUUUGACUUGGAUGAUGAUGAUGCAUCAUUUGUGACUGCCAGUGAUGAAGAAUCUUUCUACACAACAAGUGAUGAUGAAGAGAGUGAGGAUGACUGUCCAGACUUGAUGCCCAGAGAUAACAGUUCCUCUGAAGGCUCUCUUCCUGGACUUUUAGCGAGACAACCAUCUGACUCUUCAGUGGAGGAGUCUGUCCCAUCAUUGGUACCUCGUCCUGCAAGGUCUUACUAUGAUGACUCAUCUGAGUCUAGUGAUGAUGGCAGCUAUUUUGAGGAUGUCUUCACUGAAGAAACCAUUGAUGAGGACACAGCUCAAGAUGGCUCCACCACUGAAGGGGUUCUGGAAGACUACCAGUAUGUCCCAGAACUAUACACCAAUCUUUUUAGCAUCAUGAAGGCCAUUGAAAAGGGCUGGAAACUGCGCAAUGAUGGAGUUAUGAUGUGUUAG